AUGAUAAAUUCAUCGCGACGGAACAAAUGGCCCGAAGACCAUAAAUCAUAUGCUGAUCAUAUUUUGCGUCAUUUUGAAGAAAAGUUCACAGCAUACACACAGUAUGAAUACGCUUUGCAAGCAUUUCUCCAGUACAUUGACACGAAUAGAGCACUUGAUGCAUAUGCAACCAAGCUCAUCGAUGGUAAGCAAACGUUCAUAUUUGUCGGUGAUCGUUUCAUUGCGGCAGAUUCACCAGCCCGAGGAUAUAUUCGAUCGAAGGUGCGAGAUUUGUUCGAGAAGUUGAAACGUCGCCGUAAAUGUACAGUGGUCGAGGUGGACGAAUUUCGGACGACCAAAUUAUGUUCGUUGUGCUUCCGUGAACUUGAAAAACCGACAAAAAGAGGCAAAGUAAAGGAGAAAUAUCGCUAUCUCACAUGCCAUGGAUGCGAACCAUUGUGUGGAGAAAAUGUGCUUGGAAAAGCCCAAGGUCCGAUUGAAUCACGAAAAAGCAAUCGCAAAUUGACGCAGCAACGAAAACAUCGUCCCCGUACUGAUGGUCCACGUAUGGCAUCAAAAUUUCGUAAAUAUGAAGAGAAAACUCGAAUUGGGCGUACUAUCACCUGGAAUCGUGAUGCAAAUGCAGGUCGUAACAUUCUCUACAAAGGAUGGUGUGCUGUUAUGAAUAUAGAGCUACAUCCAGCAUUUCAACGGCAUGUUGAAGAAGAAGAAGAAAAUGCAGGAGGAGGAGAUCCACCGCAGAGUUUGAAAUAAUGAUUAGUUUUUUCAAUUCAUUUAUUUGAAAAUCAAUUACCAUUAGUUAAUGUAAAUUGAAAUUUUCAAUUUAUUUUUUUCAAUUCAUUAAAUUGAAUUUUCAAUUACCAUUUACAUUCAAAUUGAGAAAUGAAUUGAAAUUCAUUUCAAUUGCGUGAAGUUGCAGAGAUUCUAGUUGGCUCCCAUAAUACUACUCUCGAUUGUUUUCAAUUUUUUACCGUCAAUUCAUUUAUAAUAACAUUUUGAAUGUAAAUUAAAAUGUAUAUAUAUUUAAAAUUUAAUAUUAAUAUACAAAUUAAAAAAAUUAAAAUUUGAAACUGUUUUCAUUGCUGCGAUUUCUUUUAAACUUAUUGACACAGCAACGAGCAACCGUUAUUGUUGAAUGUGCGCAUUCAAAUAUUAACCUCACUUUUGACAUUAGCUAUGCACAAAUGCCGCAUAAGGCAUCAAUCUCUGCAACUUCACGCAAUUGAAAUAAAUUUCAAUUCAUUUAUCAAUUUGAAUGUAAAUGGUAAUUGAAAAUUCAAUUCAAUGAAUUGAAAAAAAUAAAUUGAAAAUUUCAAUUUACAUUAACUAAUGGUAAUUAUAAUUGAAUGAAUUGGCAUUGAAAAAUUCGAAACUCUGAUCCACCGCCAGCACCACCAGCACGAGCUCGACAAUCAAGACGAGCAGCAUCCAAUCAAAAUCAACAAACAACACAACGAACAUUGCGUUCUCAUCUGGAUCAAGCGCGGAGCUCUCGGCCGUAAGCCCUGGGUUUUGUGCGGGAUUUCAACGUGGUCCUACAAUUCGCUACAAUUAUGUACUAAUAAUAUUUUUCGAAUGAUAAUGGAGAUGACAGCUGGAAGUGUAAUGCAAUAGCGAUUGUGGAAUUUAAAGUACACAAGCUUUCCAUUCUCUUAGACUUAUAAAAAAG